AGCGGGGGGCCGUCGGAAGGGACGGACGGGGCGGUCGGAAGGAGUGGGGAAGGUCGGUAGCAGCGGGGGCGGUCGGAAGGAGCGGGGCGGAGCAGCAGCACCAGCAGCAUGGCGGCGGCCGGGCCGGACGGGGGUUCUGCGCGUUACCGGGGCGCUCUGCACCCCGACACCUGGGAGCAAGAGCUUGAGGCCAUCCCCAUGUUCAUGAAGCGCUGCCCGGCCGAGAUCGACGCGGCGCGGCAGCCCGAGCUGGCCUGUCUGCAGUCGCUGCUCUUCGACGAGGAGCGGGGCCCCGCAGAGCUGGCCAGAAUGUACAAAAACGAGGGGAACGAGUAUUUCAGGGAGAAGGACUAUGGAAAAGCAGUCAUCGCCUACAGCGAGGGGCUGAAGAAGGGGUGUGAGGAUGUGGAGCUGAAUGCCAUGCUGCACACAAACCGGGGGGCCGCACAGUUCCACCUGGGUAACUAUCGUUCUGCUCUCAACGAUGCCAUCCAAGCCAAAAAGCUUAAGCCCACCCAUCUCAAAGCCAUCAUAAGAGGAGCUCUCUGUCACAUGGAGCUGAAGAAUUUCUCAGAAGCAAUAGUAUGGUGUGAGGAGGGCUUGCGAAUAGAUCCAAAAGAGAAAAGGCUUGUGGAAAUGAGAGCUAAAGCUGACAAAUUAAAGCGAGUUGAGGAGCGGGAUGCAAGGAAAGCAAAAGUGAUGGAGAAGAAAGAGCAGCAUCAGAAGGAAAUUUUACUUGCAGCAAUAAAGGAAAGAAAUAUCAAGCUGGUUCAUGAGCCUUCAAAUGAAGAAGAGGAAAUAUCAGAUGGCCUGGCUGAGAUAUCCUUAGAUGGGUUCCACUCUGACAAUACCACGGGGGCAAAGGUACACUUAGAUGCUGAUGGCAACCUGAACUGGCCUGUCCUCUUUCUGUACCCUGAGCACGAGCAAACAGACUUCAUCACGGCUUUUCACGAGCAAUCCAGGUUUAUUGAUCAUUUAAUGGUGAUGUUUGCUGAGUUACCUCCUUGGGAUUUAGAAAGAAAAUACCUUCCCAGCAGUCUUGAGCUCUAUUUUGAAGAUGAAGAAAGAGCAGAAAUGUAUGAGCUGAACCCAGAACACACGUUGCUGCAAGUGCUGCAGCACCAAAGGUAUUUUGUAAAGGCUGGGACUCCGACAGUUUUGGCAUUUGUGAAGGGUUCUCCUUUCUCUAAGAAGUACUUCUCUGGCAAGAAGGUGCAUCGACUCUAAUGAGCAAAAACAAAACGAGGAAUCCUGUGCGAGAGGCUGCUGUUUGUCGUCCUGGCUACAGGCUGCAAACUUCUGCUUGAACAAAAACACCUUGCACGCUUCAGGGGAGAAAUAAUCUUGGCGCACAGGGAAACUUCCAGGAAAGCAGCACAGGAGAAUGAAGGGCUUACAAGAGGGGAUUAUUUGUCUAAAAAGAAAUCCAGCUGGCUUGCAGAAGGUCUCCUCUAUGACAGGCUGAGUAUGGUUUUGAGAUAAACCUGAGCAGUGCCAAACACUGGCUGCAGUUUGAAGCACCAGCAGCUGGGAAUGUACUUACUUACCUGUAAAAAAUCACCAUUUUCCUCGGAGGUGGGCUGUAGCUGCUGGGAUUUAACAGCUGUCUGUGGAGAUACCUGCCCACUGCAAUGGGAUGGAUGGAGUCAAAUUCCUGUCUGGGAUUAAGCAGCCACUGUUUGUUUUCACCCCUUGGCUCUGCUGCUGGCCAGAGUAAAGCUGAACUCUUUGUUCAGAGAGGUGUGUUUUACUGACCCUUUGCCUUACUGAUUGUCCUAUAGAACCUGGAAAUAAGUCCAUUUUGAGUGAACUGAUUUCUGCCUAAUAAAUCAGACAAAAAUUGUUAUCACCUCA